UUUCUCACGAACUACUUACAAGAUAAAAUCUGACUGAGUUUGUUAAUGUUAGAAUCUGGGAUGAUAUUUUAUUUCCAUCGCACAUUUUUAAACAUUUUGUAAUUAAUAUUGAAAUUGUAACAAACUUUGUGCAACCUGCCUCCGAGCUCUCGUGCUUUUUGAGUUUUGAACAUCAAGUUUAGGACAAUAUUUUUUUUGUAACAUAGAUUAAACUGCUGACAUUUGUAUACAUGAAGACAUUUUUAUGAAAAGGUAGAAGGAAAGAGGUUUUUGUUUAUGCAGGUCUUCACAUUUGGAAAUCAAUAUUAUUGCAUGUAGAUCACUAAAAAAAAAACCCACGAUAUACAACGAGUCACAUAAUUAGCCUAAAUUAAUCAGCGGAACUUGGCGGACUUCUUAUCCCUUUAAACUACAUGAACCAUAAUGCAAAGCGGACUGUGACAUCACGCAUCUCGGCACCGGUCUGCUGCCAGUCUGCCACAGACAGCUGAGGGGCUUCUAGACGUGGGAUCCCGGCUCAGUUCGGCCGUGUACUGUCGAAACGUUGGGGUCUACGGUUCGUUUAAAUGGCGAAAACGUACGAUUAUCUCUUCAAGCUGUUGCUCAUCGGGGACAGCGGUGUCGGCAAGACAUGUCUGCUGUUCAGAUUCAGCGAGGACUCCUUCAACACCACCUUCAUAUCCACAAUAGGAAUAGACUUCAAAAUCAGAACAAUAGAGCUGGAUGGAAAAAGAGUCAAACUUCAGAUUUGGGACACUGCGGGCCAGGAGAGGUUUCGCACCAUCACUACAGCUUACUACAGAGGAGCAAUGGGCAUUAUGUUGGUCUAUGACAUCUGCAAUGAGAAGUCUUUUGAAAACAUAAAAAACUGGAUUAGAAAUAUUGAAGAGCAUGCCUCGUCUGAUGUGGAGAAGAUGAUCCUGGGCAACAAAUGUGACAUGACUGACAGGAGACAGGUGUCCAAAGACAGAGGUGAAAAAGCUUUUUAUACCAUGGGGAGAGACAUAUUACAUAAUUUGAGCUCAAAGACAACUGACAAUAGCGCCGGAGGAUCCGGCAAACCAGUCAAGAUUGCUGAGAAGAAGUCAAAGAAAAUAAAAUUCUUCAAGUGUUCGCUCAUCUAGGCUGCUCAUCUCUGCUGUUCACGGCUCUAGCUUGACUUUGCUGUUUUGGAGGCUUCCUGCCUCCUGGACGUCCUCACACCAGCAGCAGCAGUGGUCAUAUUCAGAGGGCCUUACUGCGAGCUGAAGCUCACAGGUUCAUGAGUGGUUGAGAUGUCAUCCUGAUCUGCUGACCAGAAGAGGAUCAAUGAGGAAUGAGGCCUGAUACUGUGUAACUACUCAUGCAAAAGACUUGUGCGUGAAUACCAGCAUUGGUUUGUAGCUGGCCCUGCAGUGUCUGCUCGGCUACCUCGGCUGGAUCUCAUGCAAAUAUUAAAGUUACACAUAGCUGUCUUAUGAAUGUGGGAAAAAAUGAAAACAUUGAGAUUCUUCGAUAAACUGUAGCAUUGUUUUAUACAUACUACCUAUUGUCAUAUUUACUACUGUGAUGCUGUCAGAUAUAUCAAGUCUCAGCACUGAUUGUAUUUGUCUGUGUAAAUUCAUGUAUAUUAAUACUCCUGUAGUCUCCUGUUGCACUGAUAUAAUUUUUAUUAGUUCAUGUGAGCCUAGAAGGAGUCAUGAAGUUGUAAUAGAAAGACGAAAAUAUGUAGAAAUAUAAUUCAUUUUAAUGAAACCUUUAUUUAUACAGGUUUCUGUGUCAAAAUGAAAGGUUGUUUGGUCUUGGGAGCUGUAGUUGCUACAUAUUGUUUUGCAUUUGUCAGUAAUUGCAUGAAAGCUGUAGGGUACCUCUGACCGGAUCAUUAUUAAGCACAUUUUACAAUAUCUGAAAAGAAAAUGUUUACAGACAGUAUUUGAAAGUGUCAGUCGUAUGUAGGAAAUUCAUGUUUUUUGCUGUUCACAUAGUGUAUAUGUCAGCACAACUAACUGUUCUAGCUAUAUUAUAUUUUAUUCCACCUUAAACUAUAGACAUCAAACAGGUUCCCUUGACACCUCCAGCAUUAAAACAAAACAACUGGGGAAAGCUGUGAUGUGAUGAUUGUAAGCUACUGUAUGUUACACCAGUGGAAAGUAAAUACAGUAAAGAAAGUGAAUCUUGACAAGAGAGAGCUUUGUUGAUUUCCUCUUCUCUGCGCUGACAACUAGCAUUUACUGCAUGAUUGACAAUCUUCAAGAGUUUGGUUACUGUUAUUCUGUUUGUAUUAUCAUUGUGAAUACGGUUUCAUAAAUUCAGUCAGUAAGCUGGCACCUGGAAAUUUUCAGUUCUCUGCCUCAAUAGUAGCUUUCAGUUUCUCUUCCUCCAUUUUAUUUCUCUUUCUGUUUCUGCUUUCACCAGUCCCCUCACUUCAUGGCUUUCAUUUUUUAUCCUGUACAUCAUCUUCUCUCUUCUCUGCCUCCAUCUUCUUCCCCACAUCCUUCUCUGUCACUCUGCAGGCUUCAACAAUGUUUUUCUCACUGCUUGAGGCUCUCGGCUCUUUGCUCGCCAUCAAGUGCUUUGCUUUCCUCUCACUUUCGUUCCAGCUCUGUGACCUGUGAGACGGCAUAAACUUUUCAUCAGCUACAGUCAGAUAGUCAGUAGUGUCUGAGAGGUUUCUCUUGGCCUUCAUCUUGGUUUGGUCCUCCAUGGGUUCUGUUGCUGGAAGAGCUCCCUCUCUUUCUAAAGGGAUGUGAUCAGUUUGAAUCUUGUCUUUUUUUAACUCCGCAGGUGCAGUGCUGGUUUGAAACUGCUGGGCAA